AUGGAGCGACGCUGCGAGUUCGGCGAGCAUUACGCCGUGGUGGGGGAGGUCGACGAGCUCCGCCUAUGGGAUCCUGCUAACGCGGUUGUAGCACAGUGGUCGGACGGCCACCACUGGAAGGUCACCGUUGAACUCCCGGGUGAUCGUUCGAUCGAGUUCAAGUUUGUGUUACUCGGGCGACACGGCGAGGUAUGGUGGCAGCCGGGUCGCAACCACGUGCUCGUGACGGCGGGCUUGGCGCGCAGCGUGGACGUGUACGUGCCGUGGGACACAGAACAGGCGCUCGUGGUGGUUAACCACCCCGAAAAUAGCACCAUUGAUUGGAGCCUGGACGGCGCUUAUGCCGAGUUCAAUGCUCAGGAGGGCGAUGCGGGGCUAGCUGCGGAAGACGAUCUGACCAGCCGCGGCGUCAUGCUGAACGGCCACUCCAGUUCCAGCAUGGUAUUUAACGGCUUUACUGACUCCGGCGUGGAAUCCUUCAGCUAUGCCGACUAUCACAUGAAAUCCAACGGUUACUCCAACUCUGGCGUGGAAUUCAAUGGCUACUCCAACUCUAACUUGGAAGUUAACGACUGUUACCAUUCUCAGAUUGAAGUCAACGGCCAGUCCCAUCAAAGCGUGGAAUCCACCAGUCUUGCGGCAACCGAGAGCGUCAGCAACGGGAGUGACAUCGGAGAAUUUGAUUCUGUCUUUUCAGCUCAAGAUGACCAGUCCGUUCCUUUGGUGGCGAGAAGUGUGAGUGUCGCAAGUGGCGGCGGCGUUCACAGUGGGGCAGCACGUUACGAGCAAUCCUUCAAACUAGCUGGCAGCAGCCACUCUGAAGUUGAGGAGGCAGGCUUCAUGGAAGAGCAGAGCAAAGCAGCUGCUGAAUCCAUGGGCUCUAAGUCGUCUGCAAACUCUGCUUCAUUUGAUACUGCACGAGCUUUCUCGGCAAAGAUGGAUUCAGGGAGAUUCAAGGACGUGGACGAUGAUGGAGGAGACGCACCGGAGUAUGUGCCAGCGUCCAGUAGAGGACGGAUGUUCGCUGACAUGGCAGGAAGUGUGGAGGCGGCGUACGAGUCAGUCUUCACAGAGCUAAACGAGGACGAGGCCAAUUCAUCCGUGGUUCCAAGUAUGGCACCAACCAAUGGUAGCGGUGGCAAGCUUCAGCAGCGCGCCACUGGGAGUCAGGUCAAAACUGCUCGUCAAAGGAGGCAGCGGAAAUCAAACAGCAAGUACCUCUCAG